ACUCGCAACCCGUGCGGACGCAGCACGUUCCAUUGACCAGCCUACUAAACGGAGCCGGCUUACUAGAUAAGUCCCUGCCUUGACAGUGUUGCAGGCGGUGCAGUUGCAGUGCAGUGUUUGCAAAGAGUGUGUGCAUUCCCGGCUACAGCAACGGUACAAACCCCCAGAAGCUUGGAUCGGAUGACGCUAAGGUUUGUGUUUAGCAGUGAGUGCGUUUCUGAUAAGUAGCGGGCGUUUCUGCAUGGGAUGAAGAUAAAGUGGUUAGCGUUUGUGUGUUGCUGGAUGGGUUUUCAUUGCGGAGAGUGUUUGUGAAAUUUGAGUCACGAAUUUCUUCGUUGUUUUAAGUACAGCAGCGGGUGAGAAGUAAUAAUUGCUGCGAGAAAAAUAAAACCCAUAUGCAGUAGUGAGUUGAAUUUCCCCUUCCCGCUCCUCUUGAUGCUUCCUUCACUUGUGCGGAAGUCACGUUGUGCUGUGAAUUGUGAGUGCUAAGAGAAGAUGCAUUUAGAAGAUGCUGUUCAAUGCCGAAACAACACAAAAAAGUGCCACUCGACUGUUUUCGCGGAAGUGAGCUGCUGCGGUGGUAGAUUACUGUGCACACUUUUGUAGCAUUUAAGUGAUGGAACCUACUUCCUUACUCGUGUAGUUUUAAUUAACAUAAACAAUAUAAAACAAACAAGUUUUAAAAAAUAUGUAAAUUAAAUAGCUAACCUAAAGACAAGUGGAAUGGAACUAAAAAUAAAAGGGAUAAACAAAACUUUAAAUUGCUGCUUGUACAAAUAUUCAGUGAUCUUAAAUCAAAACAAGUGUAGAACAACAAAACUGCCGCCAAAGAGAAAUAAAAGCCCCUCCUCUCCCUCGCGGUAAAAGUCACAGCUGUACAAUCAUCAUCCGCGAAUGACGCCCGUCCAGCUUCGUCUGCUUCCACCACGUAUGUGUGCCAGUGCCGAUGCUUAAAUAACUGACCGUAAGACUCGCACACGCUUCACUCGGGACUGCUCGGAACGAGAUGGAGCUGCUGGUUUCGCCGGAUGCGGCCCGUAACAUUGCGGCGGGCGUGCUCGAUCGUGACGCGUACGGCCAGCAGGGUGGUAUUGUGAAUCCGGCCGCCACCAUCGAUCUGGAUCAGGAACAGCAUGACAGCAACGCAGUGGUUGAUAUCACGCAGCUACCGCGCGUCCCAGGAGACGGUGCCCAAGCGCCGGAUGACAACCCGGACCCCACCACCACCAACGAUCACCGUUCAAAGGCUCAACCAGCGCCCGGUGAGCGGGGCGAUCGUUUGCGAUCGCUUUCCCUUGCCGGCUGUGAGCCACACCUGAAUGGAGCUGCUCUGGCUAAGGGCGAUGGUCCUGUUCGCACACCAGAUGAACCCGGUGACAAUCUAGAAAUAGCUAAUAAUGAAAAACAACAACCGAACGGGAUAGUGUCGCCAUCGUUCACGAUCGAGCAGUGCGGCCCGGACUACCAGGAGGGCCAGGGUGGCGAUCCGUUACCACCGCCACCGCCGGGCGGAGGGGAACAACCACAUCCGGAUCCGGGGGCGGUGACAGCCGGCAGUGGCGGCAGUGCGUCCCACACCCAGCCCCACACCAACAACACCUACUCGGCGUUCAAGCGGGGCAACGUGGUCAAGGGCAUCCUGUGCCCAUCCAUGACCAACUCGUUCCGUGCGCCGUCCCUCGAGCGGUCCUAUCUGACCUAUUCCCACCGCCAGCGGCAAAAGUCGCUGAUCCUGGUGAACGUGGUCGACCUGGUGCUGAAGGUGGUGCUGGCCUCGGUCUGGAUCGGCUUCAACAGUGGCAUGACAAUCAAGCCGCACGAGGUGACCUGGUCCGUGUGCUGUAUCAUCUCGAACUUUCUGAUCUGCGUGCUGGGCAGCUGGCGGCUGUUCGCGAACAACUAUCUGCACUGGGCGGCCGUCUGCACCUGGCUGCUGCUGAAUCUGCAGGGCUUUCUCGGCGAAGGGUUGGGCUUUGCCGAGCGCGAAUACUUGAUCUGGUACGUGCUGUUCAUUAUCUUCGUGCCGUACGCUAUGCUGCCGCUCCCACUGAAGUGGUGCAUGAUUGCCGGCUCGAUGACGGCCAUAUGCCAUUUGGUGGUGACAUCGCUGAACAAGUUCCUGCACGACAAGGAUCCGAGCUGCAUCGUUCGACAGAUGAUUGCCAAUCUGUUGCUCUACCUGGCCAUCAACUUUGCCGGCAUGUACACCAAAUAUCUGACCGACCGCGGCCAACGGUUAGCCUUCAUCGAAACGCACAAAGCGAUGGAGCACAAGCGCGAAUCGGAAAAGGAGUACCAGCGCACGCAACGGCUGCUCGACUCCAUUCUGCCCAUGUUCGUCAACAAUGACAUCCGGAAGGAGAUGUACAAAUCGCCGGAACAGGCCCAGGUCGACACGCAGUUCAAGAAGCUGUACAUCUACCACAUGGACAACGUGAGCAUACUGUUUGCGGACAUCAAGGGGUUUACCGAGCUGGCGAGCAAAACGUCCGCCCAGCAGCUGGUCAAGAUACUGAACGAUCUCUUCGCACGGUUCGACAAGAUUGCAGAGGAUAAUCACUGUUUGCGUAUUAAACUGCUCGGCGAUUGCUACUACUGUGUGUCGAUGUUUGACAGUCAAAGCUGGAAAAGCCGCCCGGAUCAUGCGGUGUGUAGCGUCGAGACCGGUCUGCACAUGAUCAAGGCCAUCAAGGACGUCCGGUGCCAGACGAACGUGGAGUUGGACAUGCGCAUCGGCAUCCACAGUGGCUCGGUAAUGUGCGGCGUGCUGGGCGAGAAGAAGUGGCACUUUGACGUGUGGUCGAACGAUGUGGUGAUUGCGAACCACAUGGAAUCGGGCGGCGUGCCGGGCCGGGUGCACAUCUCCGAGGCGACGCUCAAGUGUCUGAACGAUACGUACGAGGUGGAACCGGGCAAUGGCGGCAGCCGGGACAGCCAUCUGAAGAUGAUGAACAUUAAAACGUUCCUCAUCAAGCGCACGGAACCGCUGCGGCCGCGCAAACGGCUGAUGGAUCGGCAAAGCACGGUACAGUUCGAAAAGGAGACGGCGGCCAUGCGGGCUGGUGAGUCCCGGUUCCGGAAGGACUCGAAAACGCCCAGCAUCACGUCGAACAGCACGAACACGACCGGCACGACGGCGACGUGCUCGGGUGGCUCGGUGGUGCAGCACAACCACAAUAACAAUAACAAUAACACCACCAGCAGCAACAACAAUCAUAUCACGAAGCGCACCAGCAAGUCGACGAUCCACGAGGACGAGACGACCACGGACUGGAUACCGGAGAUACCGUUCAAGAAUCUGAACGAGUGCGGCGGUGGCGUGAAUGCGGCGGAAAGCUUCCGCGACAAGAAGCACACCGACCGGGAGGACGUGUUCACCUCGACCGAGGAGGUGGACGAGAUGAUCGACCAGAGCAUCCAGAUCAACUCGAACAAGCAGAUCCGGCAGGAGUAUCUGUACACGUGGACGCUCAAGUUUAAGGACUCGUCGCAGGAGGGCACCUUCUGCCAGCUGCGCGAGGACAUGUUCCGGUCGAACAUGCUGUGCGUGUUCGUGGUGUGGAUCUUUAUCGUGCUCUGCCAGGCGGUGAUUAUACCGCGCUGCACCAUCCUGAUCGUGGCCCUGUCGAUCACCACCUUUCUGCUGACGGUCGGCUGUAUUCUGGUGAUGGCGGAAGAGUUCUCUGGGUUGCCCAAGUUUCUGCAGCAAAGCUCCUCGACGCUGGUGCACGAUCGUAGCAGGCGCACGAUCUUUGUCUGCCUCACGAUCAUCCUCAUGUCGAUCGCCAGUUCGAUGGGGCUGAUGAUGUGCGACCUGGAGGAGGUGGACGCGGUGCCGGAUCGCAGUACGGUCAGUACGAGCUACUCGUACUACUGGCAGGCCGGCGGACAGUUGAGCGUGAACAGCACGGCGAUAACGUUGCUGCGCCGUGCAGUCGGUGAUGCACUGGAGCUGGGUGCGCUGACCAAUCGGACGGUGAGCGAGACGGAUGCGAACGCUACCGAGAUGGUGACGGAUGAGCUGCUAGACCACGAUGUAACCACGUCCACACCACCGAUACUGCAUCCGUCCUGCGUGCAUCCCGAGUACGUGGUGUUCACCUGGGUGCUGUGCCUGAUCUCGCUCGCAACGGCCCUGAAGCUGUACUAUCUGGUGAAAACGUUCAUGGCGAUCGCGAUGGUUGCGUGCUACUCCUUUCUCAUACUGCUCGUGUUCGAGAAGGUGUUCGAUUCGUACGAUCUGCAGUACAUACAGGCGAGCGGGAUGCCGCUGGCCGCCCAGAUGAUGAUCCUGCUCGGCGUCUUCCUGACGAUGGUCACGUACCACGCCCGGCUAGUCGAGGUUACGUCCCGGCUCGACUUCAUCUGGAAGGAGCAGGCGGAGAAGGAGCUGUCGAACAUGAGAUCGAACCGCCAUCUGAACGAUCUGCUGAUUAAGAACAUCCUGCCCGAUCACGUCGCCACGUACUACCUGUCCGAGGAGCGCACGGACGAGCUGUACGCGAAGAUGCACGAGCUGUGCGGGGUGAUGUUUGCCUCGAUACCGAACUUUAAGGACUUUUAUUCGGAGGACAUUGAGAAUGGGAAGGCGUGCAUACGCAUCCUGAACGAGAUCAUAUCGGACUUUGACUCGCUGCUCGAGGAGCCCCGGUUCGAGACGGUGGAAAAGAUUAAAACCGUCGGUGCGACCUACAUGGCCGCCUCUAAUCUGUGCUCCACCAAGAAGUCACACGUGGAUGAGCGCGACGAGGAAGCCGUCUGCGAUCUGGUCGAGUUUGCGCUGGCCAUGCGCCAGAAGCUGCAGGAGGUAAACAAGGACGCAUUUAACACGUUUCAGCUGCGCGUCGGCAUUAGCAGUGGGCCGCUCGUCAGUGGUGUGAUCGGUGCCCGCAAGCCUGUCUACGAUAUCUGGGGCAACACGGUAAACGUCGCGUCCCGGAUGGACUCGACCGGUGAAAACUGGAAGGUGCAGGUUCCGGACUAUACGGCGGCACUGCUGCAAACGAAGGGCUACACCUGUGUGCAACGCGGUGAAGUGAACGUAAAGGGCAAGGGGCUGAUGCUAACCUACUGGGUGCUGGGCAAGAACAUAUCGGCCAGUCAAUUAACCUCACCGGCCCUGGUACCGGCCGGUGUUCCGCAGGCACAGACCCCAUCGCUGCAGCGGCAAACCUCUCAGCACAGUUCGCUGGCGGCGGUCGUAUUCGGCAUGAUGCAAGCCUCGAAACGGAGUAACAUCAACACGACACCAACCGCAACACCAUCGCCGAAAACCCGGUUCGGGCGACGGGGAAGCACAUUCAGCUCAGUGAGAUUGAAUCAGAGAGCCCCGUCUAACAAUCCGGUGCGCCGCAACACGACGCGUGUCCGUGGCCGUAGCUACACCAUGAAAAAGUAUCCAACCGUGGCAUCGCCGACGGGCAUGACGUUGCCAGCGGAAGCGGACUUUGGUGUCAGCCCACACAUACCAUCGUUUCGGCAGCUGCACCAGGAAGCUAAAGCCCACCAGACAGGCCUGUGAGCGCUUGGUCUAGUUGUUUUCCUGUCCCUUCUUCUCCAUCCCCUCUUUACUCCUGAACGUCAUCAGCUUCGGGAUGGAGUCAUCGAGUAUGACGUUCCAGCCAAAUUUUCUAGUCAACCAUAAAGAGGAGCCAAGUAUUUUAAAUGGAAUAAAUAGCAAACUGACUGUUUAGGUAGUGGAUAUGUACGAAACAGGUGUGGCCGGAUACAAACAAAAAGGUUUGGUGUUUGCGUCCACAUUUCAGGGAAGAGCAACUGUAGAAGAAAAAGGUAGUAUGAUUAGCCGCAACCUGUUCAAAGCCAUAUCGUGUAGGACAUACAGACUGUGGACUAAGUUCAAUGUCCAUCGUAAAUAACAAAACAAUUUAAGCAAAACACACACACACAUACAAAACACUCGUCCUGUAUUGUGCAAUUAGAUGUUAACUUCUCGUACGGAUGACAGUGGUGUGGCACUGUGACGAUCGCUUAGUUUUUAAUGUAAUCGUUCGUAGCAGUUCCUUUAUGUUGUUUUUGAACGAUGCACUACUGAUAGUAUUGAUGGCAGUUUGUACCAGAUGUAGCUGAGAAUGGAAAAGACAGGUAGGAUAUAAGACGACUGGGACUGUUUACGACGCCAUUCUAAUGCCAAACCACAAACUAACGGCACAAACGGGAGGUAGUUUUGGGGUUUUCAGUAUUUGUAGCUUCUACUGUAAGUAAAUAUAAUACGGAGAGAAAAACAGCAGCAGCAAAACAAAACAAAAAAUCAACCCGUGGUACAUAGUGUCACCGUCCAAAGGUGUGCGUGUUUGUGCUUUGUUUAACAAACUGUGAACUGAACAAUGCUGUACAAUAAAUUGCCGUACAACCAAAGCAAACUAAAUGGA